GCAAUCACAAUGGGUAACCAGCAUGCACUAGUAUUACUAGUGCUAAUCGCUCUUAGUGCAUUCCAGCUAACAUUUACCAGCUCAAUUCAUUCGGUCGAUUCGACAUUCGACAGUAAUAGUCUUUUGGACGACGAGGCCAAUGACAAUAUCUUGGAGUCGGCACAUUCAACAGAGCACGGCAUCAAAAUUUCCACACCCAAGGUAAAAGACAUGCCCCUAACCUCUACAACAACCACAGAAACCGUGCGUCCCGCAAGAGUAGCGGCGACAAAGCAUGCCAAGAAAUCCACUAAAACAACAACUACAGCUGCGACGCAUCCACAGUUAAGCGAUGAGGCAUUGAAUACACUCAUCGAAGAAACAGAACAUGGCGACCAUCAACAGAUGAACGAUGAGACACUCAACGAUCUGAUCGAAGCAUCAAAACAUAGCGCCGCACUUGCCGACGAUCCAAGAUUCAAUAAACUGUUGCCGAAUAAAUUCAAGACGGAGAAUUCCACCGUCACGAAUAAUAAAAGCGAAGAGGCUUACUACGAUUAUGACGCUGACGAUUAUGAUGAUGAGUAUAGCUAUGAUGAUGAGUUGGUCAAUACAGAAUCUGCUCAAAAGAUAAAAACCAGCACCACAGCGAAGCCAACGGGAGAAAGUAAUGCGGCAACGAAGAGCAACAAGAGGGUGGAAAUGAAACCGAUCAAGGAAGAAAAACAGUCAUCUUCCAAGUCGAAAUCGACGGAUAACAUUCAGGAGCAAAGUGAGAAGAAAAUCGAAGACUUGGACGAGGAUGACUAUGAUGACGACGAUGAUGGUGAUGAAGACGACGAUAUUAACGAUGAGGAGGAGAUCGUUUUCAAUCAGAAUGUGCCUUGCCCAAGAUACUGCGUUUGCGCACGCAACGUUAACAGCUAUCUGGUAGCGACAUGCAGCCGUUUUGAUCCUGAAACACAGAAAUUCGGUUCUGACAUCACCGAUUUGAUCGUAACGGAUGUUGGUCCAAAAUAUCCCAUUUUGUUGGGACCAGAAUUCUUCCUGCAGAUGGGUUUAAAAUAUGUGUCCUCGAUCAAGAUUUCAAAUUGCACUAUUGAGUUCCUACAUCCCGAUGCUUUCCAUGGCUUGGAUGAGUUAUACUCGGUGAAUUUGACGAAUGUCGGUUUGGCUGUCAUCAAUCCCAACACUUUCUCAAAGAAUAAGAAGCUACGCCUGCUGACCAUCUCCGGCAAUGAUUUGAGCGUUAUGUCUAAUGUGCAUUUCCUACUCAAUUCCUCAAGCAUUGAGGAACUGGAUCUGUCACGCAACAACUUAAUGGAGCUGAACCCACAAGCUUUCUCGCAACUGUUAAAUAUAGUCUACAUUAAUUUGUCACAGAAUAACUUGCAGAAGAUUCCCGAACAUGUCUUCGAUUCCGUUGAGACGAUCGAGGAAUUGGAUUUGUCUUACAACGCGCUGAAAACCCUGCCUGCCACCGUCUUCAACCGCACUGCGCUUGCUAUAUUGCAUUUGAAAUACAACUCCAUUACCGGCGACUUACACUUUGGCACCGAUGAUCUACAACAACUCGAUCUUAGCUUCAACAGCAUCAAGAAAAUCCAUCAUGGCAUGUUUGAUAAAAUGACCGGCCUGACUAACCUUAAUCUCAAGGGUAAUGGCAUUACUACCAUCCAGCCUGAUUCCUUCUUGGCGCUGAAGAGCUUGCGUCAUAUUGAUCUGUCCAUCAACGACUUAGAUCAAGUCAAUGCCAUGAUUUUCUUCAAGAACUCCGAAUUGGAUGUCAUACGCCUCAACGAUAAUCCACGCCUUAGCCAAUUGCCUACUGACGGAUUCCACAGCCACAAUGGUUUCUUCACCGUUUACUUCCUAGAUAUUUCGAAUUGUGCUAUUGGCGCUCUCGGCCACAAAACCUUUUCAACAAUGCCACAUUUGGCCACAUUGAAGCUCGCCUGGAACAACAUCAACAACUUGGAGCGUGACACUUUCAUCAGCCUUACUAAGCUGACCGAACUGGACUUGAGCAACAAUUUGAUUGCCCGUUUGGAUGAGCUCCUUUUCAUGAACAACAACGAACUGACUAAACUGAAUCUGGCCGGCAACCCAAUACGCAAACUUUCCGUGCGCCUCUUCAUGCCACUGAGCAAACUACGCGAAUUGGACGUAAGCGAUUGUGAACUGACUUCGUUACUCUCCGAGAACCAAUAUGGCAUGGGCCGUAAAUACAAAUUCUACGACACUUUGCGUAGCUUCAAUGCCUCGUCCAAUCAAAUUAAACGCGUAUCCUCCGGAGAUGUGCGCAGCUUCAAGAAUCUACGUACGCUGGACAUUUCACACAACCCACUCAAGUGCAACGAAGACUUCCAAGACUUCAUCAACUACGUAUCGCUUACGCCCAACUUAGGUACCAACAAACUGCCAACGCUUGCCAAUCUCGAAGGUGACGCAAUUGUCGAAUAUCAACCACACGCUGACUGGGCUGCGCUGGCGCAUGAGGUGUGCCGCCGUCAAGAGACUACUGUGAGCAAGACAAAGCAGAAGAGUUUGGAAAAACGCAUCGAGCAGGCGGACAAGGUGUUGGACGACGAUGCAAGGAGUCUGUGGAAGAUUGUGGAGAACACAAAGCACGAUAAACACAAGAUACUGAAGGAUACAGAUAACAGCGAGGUGUCUAUUGCGGGUAGCUUGGAUGAGGAGAGUGCGGAAGAGGACGAGAACACCGCCGAGGAGAGCAAAGACGACGAAGAGGAGGAAGAAAACGAUAGCGAAUAUGACGAAGAUGAAGACGACGAGGAUGAUGAGGAUGACGAUGAAGACGACAAUGGUAAAAAGGGCAACGACGAAGACAUCGAAAAGAAGAUUGACAUUACUAAGCUGCAUGACUUUGGCAUGCGCGUCGAAGAAGUGAACCUGAACAAAGAAACGAAAGAUGAAUUCUUGUUGAAUAAAUUCUUGUUGAAUGGCGAGGACUCUAGCGAAAACAACGCCGAAGAGGAAAUUAUCAUUGAACGCGGUCGCAUCUAUUAUGAAGGCUCCAGAUUCCUAGUGCCCGCAGUUGUGAUCUUUUUAUGCCUAUUCAUCAUUUUGGCCGUCAUCACCAAGAUCGUUAUGGUUAUGUUGCGUAAACGUGGCGAACGUUAUCGCAUGGCGCUGUUGGCUUCCUCCAACAACUCGAUCGUCUAUCAGAAACUUAGCGAAGAAAUCAAUCCUAAGGUAAAGGAACCGAAGGUACCGAAAGUGCAUCGCUAUGCACCAAUUAAUCAGGUCUAAGGCAAGAGGCCGAACAUAAAUGGGCCGCAGGCAAAUUUAGACAAGAGGAAUUGGAUCCCAUACUAAUAGCAGUUGUUGGGAACUGGAUGAGUAAAUGUGAAAAGGGCAUGGGAGUUGAAAGAGAAAAAAAAAACACUCAAAACACAACCACUUGUUAUUAAAAUGUUUUAAUUUUAAGCAAAACUAUAUAAUAAAAAUAUGAAAAAUAGUAAAAUGCAAAACACAACUAAAACAGAGGAAAACGCACACUAAACGAAAUACAUACAUAUACAUGUAGGUAUGUGAAAUUUGUAACAAGGCGGGAACCAAGUAUUAAUAAUGAAUCAUACUUAAAUACAAAACAUAAUAAUACUAUUUUACGUUACUAAACUGAUGCAGUACUUAAUUAAAUAAGCUUAACUACGAGAUAUGAAAAUUAGAAAAAGUUAACUAUUUCUGUUUAAUUUUUUCGAUUCCGCCCCCCAAAGUUUGAUUAACAGAACACGCCAACCGAUCUACAAACUAACGCAAGGGAGAAGGUGAAAAAAGUGAUCAAAAUUAAUUAAUAAUUGUCUUACACAAAGCAACUGAAAGCAUUUUAUAUAAAUAAUUUACAAUUAAUUUAAAGAUAGUGGAAAAAACGCCAAACCCAUUCCAUCAAUUUACAACAUACUAAGCAAAGACUUUCAAAGAAUACCUAAAAUACUUAGUGCCAUGGUUUGAAAAUUUUCGGAACUAAAGAGGAUUACAUGUUUGAAAAAAAAAAAAUACUUGUAGAUGUGUAGAUACCUCCAAAAAUAUUCAGUAUGCUAUUCGCACGACAAAAUUAAUAUAAAGAAGACCUGGGCGUUUUUUUGUUGUUGUAUAGAAGAAAAAAGACACAAGAGGUUAAUUCGCAUUUGGUGAAAGAGUAAAAAAUUAAUUUUAUUACUUAUACACAAUUAAUAAAUAAUAGUAACUUUAUAUAUACAUAUAUACGAUAAAUGUUUUCUGUAAUAUAUGUUGUAAGUGAAAUCUUACAUAACUUUGAAGCUUCUAACUACCUUAAAAAUAUUUACAUACACUAAAAAUUCUUCCACAAUCUUUUUAAAUUAGUUUAUAAAGUAUGUAUGUAUAUACAUACAUACAUGCAACCUAAUGUAUUUACAUACAUACAUUUAAUUACCUUGCUAUAUAUUUUAUUUCGAAUGCAAAAAAAAAAUAAUUAUAUAAUUAUUAUUAUUUACAUAGAUACUACAGGAAAAAAAACAUAUAUAAAACUUUUCUCGAAGUUAAAGUUUGUACUACGAAGUUCAGAGAUUUGUAAAACGAACUCAAAACUUUCUGUAUUUGAUUAAAAGGAAAAUUUGAAUAAAAGCUGCAUUUUCGAGAAAAGGAAAAAACAAUA